AUGACAAACGGAGAAGAGAGCGAGGUUCGAAUUUUUUUGGACUCAUUAGAUAUUACUACGGAAUCUUGGAAGGACGAUGUGGAACGAUUUAUCGCCGAAAAAAUCCGUCCACAAAAGCCGAAGAAGCGCGUUCCUCGGUUUUCGAUCGGCGACUUAGACUUCGAGCCUUCAGACAAUGAAUCACCACUCACUUGUGAUGCCACGACGCAAACGCUGUGCGAAGAAGACACGCAGCAGGAUUCAGAAGCAGCAACUAAGUCGCUUGAUCAGAUUUCACGAGAGUGGAGUGAAGGGAAAGCCGUCUUGCCUUCGGAUGCUCUUCGCCUGGUCAAACGUGGGAUCGUCAAGUGUCGUGAGCUAGAGUCACGCCUUACUGCCGAGACGGCUAUAUUUGUUAGGAGAUCUUUUGUAGCUCCUGAAGUAUUGAAGCAGUUACCAUUUCAAAACUACGAUUACAAAUAUGUGACAAACUCAUGUUGUGAAAAUGUCAUUGGUUACAUGCCUAUUCCGCUGGGUGUCGCUGGACCGCUGCGAUUAAAUGGAAAGGAGUUUUACAUACCUAUGGCCACAACAGAAGGCGCGCUUGUGGCUAGUACGAACCGGGGCUGCAGUGCUAUUACAAGAAGUGGUGGUGUAACAGCGAACGUUUUUGAUGAAGGGAUGACUCGUGCCCCUGUUGUGAAAUUCGCAACGGCUCAGGAAGCUGUUGAGUUGAAAAGGUGGUUCGAAGUUGAUGAGAAUUUUGCGCUGGUUAAAGCUGAAUUUGAGUCAACUAGCAGGUUCGCACAGUUACGCAACGUCGAGGUUGCUGUGGAUGGUAAUUUGGCAUUCGUCCGGUUUGUUGCACUAACCGGGGAUGCGAUGGGAAUGAAUAUGGUGUCCAAAGGAUGUUCGUUGUCUAUGCAUCUUUUGAAACAAAAGUUCCCCGGAAUGCAACUGGUAGCGCUUAGUGGUAAUUACUGUGUUGAUAAGAAAGCAGCGGCAAUAAACUGGAUCAAGGGACGUGGUCGCUCCGUAGUUGCCGAUUGUACUCUUCCAGCCAAUGUGGUCCUUUCAGUUUUCAAAACCACCCCAAAACAAAUGGCCGAAGCUGCGCAGUCUAAACUCCAAUCAGGAUCCGACAGAGCAGUAUGUAUUGGCGGAAACAAUGCACAUGCUGCAAAUGUGGUCGCUGCCAUAUUUUUAGCUACUGGCCAGGACCCCGCUCAAGUAGUCUCUUCGUCCAUGUGUUCUACGCGCAUGGAAGAGACUGCCGAUGGUAACCUGUAUGUGAGCUGCACGAUGCCGUGUGUCGAAGUUGGGACGGUUGGUGGCGGAACGAUCCUACGUCCCCAAAACGAAUGUCUACAGAUGCUGUCGUGUGCUGGACCUUCCCCCUCUACGCCUGGUGCGCAUGCCCGUCAUUUGGCUGAAGUGAUUUGUUCAACGGUAUUAGCAGGAGAAUUGUCACUAAUGGCCGCCUUGGUUACUGAUCAACUAGUGUCCAGUCACAUGAAACUGAAUCGUUCCCGACUACAACUCUAUCCAUCAUCACCUCAAAUAUCAUCUUCUCCACAAUCAAGAUUAGCUGAGAGACCCAUUCCCAUGGUGAGAAAGGUUCUAGACAAGGAACCACGUGUCAAGAGAAGUUCGGUUAAAGUUGAGUGUUCGAACAUCCUUUAA